CGACAGCUGGAAAACGAAAGGAAAGGAUUGAAAAGAGGGAGGAAGAGUAAAGCAGAAGCCUUGAAAAGUGAGAGGGAUAGUAGCGCUAGUUCAACUCUGAGCGUAAAGUCCUGGCUAAAAAGAAAAACAAGAGUCGAUUCGAGUGAAAGCGAAAAGGAAGAAGAAAGAAAAACAAAGAAAACCAAAAAGAGAUCACCGGCAAAGAACGUGAAGAGCAAGAUGGAAAAUUUGGAAGGUAUAAGAGAAAUGAUAAAGGAGUUGCUGAAUCAGCAGAAAAAGGAAAUAAUAGAAAAAAUGGAAAAAGAUAAAGAAGAGUUAAAAAAUGAAUGGAAAAUAUACAAGAAGGAGUUUGAGAAGAGAGAAGCUCUAAGAGAUAAGGAGAUAGAAGAACUGAAAGAAGAAAUACGAGAUAUGAAGAAGAAAGAAGAA